CGGCAGGCGGCUGGAGACGGGGAACCCGCUGUCUGCGGCGGAUUUACCCGCUAAGCCGGCUCCCCGAGCCGGCUGGGUUCCCGUCACCGCCCUCUUUAAAAUGCUCCGGAGCCCUCCCCACCUCCAACAAUGAUAACCUCCCCAAACGAAACGUUCACUUUGUCAUCCAACGUACUCCCAAUCCCACCACCACCACUCUGUUUCUUUUCCUUCUUUCGUUCUCUCGGCAUCUCUCCUUCGCCUUCUCUCUCUCUCUCUCUCGUGAUCAUCGUAAUGAGGAAGGGCGGCAAUGGCGGGGCGGGCCAGGGGGGCGAGCGGGCCAAGCAGCGGCAGGGGAAGAAGAAGGGCCGGAUCUCGAAUAGGGGGCUGGGCUACGGCGCGCUGGUGGCCCCGGAGCGCUGCUUCUCCUGCACAACCUUCAACAUUCUCGCACCCAUCUACAAGCGGCUCGAUAAGGAGGAUCAGAGCCGUAGGGAAAGCCAGUACAGAGGAUACUGGCUGAGCCGGAACCAGAGCAUCAUGGACCGGCUGUUGGGAGAGAUGUCCUCCAUCAUUUGUCUCCAGGAGGUAUGGCUGGGGAAUGAUGAACUCGUCGAUAUGUACCAGAGGCAGCUGGGCGAUGCGGGUUAUAUUACUUUGAAGCUCGCACGCACAAACAACCGUGGCGAUGGUCUCCUUACUGCUGUUCACAGUGACUACUUUAGAGUUCUAAACUAUCGAGAUUUGCUGUUUAAUGACUUUGGGGAUCGUGUGGCACAGCUGUUACAUGUUGAAUCAGUUGUUCCUUUCUGUCAAAGUCGAAACAGCAGCAUCCCACAACAGAUUCUCAUUGUAAAUACCCAUUUGUUAUUUCCUCAUGAUUCCAGCUUGUGUAUAGUUCGCUUGCAGCAGGUAUACAAGAUCCUCCAGUAUAUUGAAUCCUAUCAGAAAGAACAUAAUCUUAGUCCUAUGCCUAUCAUACUCUGUGGGGAUUGGAAUGGAAGUAAACGUGGACAUGUUUACAAGUUUCUUAGGUCCCAGGGGUUUGUGUCAUCAUAUGAUACCGCUCAUCACUAUACCGACAGUGAUGCAGAUGCCCACAAGUGGGUUAGCCACCUCAAUCAUCGUGGGAAUAUCUGUGGAGUUGAUUUCAUAUGGCUUCUUAAUCCCAAUAAGUACAGAAAGCCUUUGAGGACAAGCUGGAAUGAAGCUGUAUUUGGAAUUAUUAAGUAUCUUCUCAGAGCGGCAUCUCUUUCCGAGGAUAAUGCUUUUGCAUUCCUUAAAGCGGAUAGCCCUGGUGAUUAUAUUACCUUCUCAGGUUUCUGUCAGGCACUCUGUCAGUUUGGCUUAACCAGACAUCCUCAUGGCUUAAGCCCCCAAGACACCCAGGACUUGUGGAUUCAAGCUGACGUUGAUGGAAAUGGUGUUGUGGACUAUGAAGAAUUUCUGCAAGGUAUCUGGAAUCCUAAAUGGACGGAGCAAUCUGAGGAGAACUUCGAACAGGAGACCGAGGUGGGACUGAAAGCGGGCGCUGAGAGGCAGCAGGCUUUUGGUUUCGUUGUGAAGAAUGCAGUUCUCUUCCCACCAGAAGUGGAGAAAGGAAUGUGGCCGGAGGACUAUUCUCUGUCUGAUCAUGCACCACUGACUGUUGUGUUUUCUCCCGUAAGGAUGCCUUGUUUUCAGACACUACGCUAAAUUGCUGACCCUCGUAUAUGCUGCCGCUUGAUGUAAAGUUUCUAAAGGGAAGAGUUAGAAGAUAUAUAUAUAUAUAUAUAUAUAUA